GUGUCGCGAAGCCAACAAGAUCAGAUCCUCGUUCAAACAAACCAAACAGCAAGGAGCACUGGUGAUCUCUCCCUAUGCACCGUUGCCAGAACCUUCACCACAGGUCACGUCCUUCUUGGUGCAGCUAAUACGCCUCAUGCGGAUUUGUGUGCCAACGAUCUUUUGUGAGCAAGCCUUCUGGCUCUUUGCUGCCUUCCUGCUGUCGGGUUUCUAUGGUCUGCUCUCAUGCUUGGUGCCCAGUGUCUUAGUACGACCACUAUGGACUAUGGUGAAGGUAAACCUGCCAGCAGCUUUCCAAGACUUCGUGGCCAUCAUGCUGGGCUACAAUGCCGCCAUUGCCAUUUUGAAGGCAGCCAUGAACUUCUGCGGUAUGCGGGCAAUGAUCUCCUUCCGUCGUGCGUUAGUUGAACACCAUCACGCUGCGUAUAUGAGUCGUGAGGGGCGCUUGUACUACACCUUGGGGAACUUGGACCACCGUGUGGAUACACCCGAUGCUCGUAUCACCAACGACACGGAUCUUCUACUGCAGUUCUUGUUCGAGUUUGUCUUUGGUGGGAUCAUGAAACCGGAAUCUGGCGCUUGCUGCCAAAUCUUUUUCCUGAUCUUCACGGUGGCAGUGGCGUACCAAGAAGCCGAAGACGGCGCACCGGGCUGGGGCUGGCCCUCCAUUGGCAUUGCCUUCAUGGUGGUGGUGGUCUCGUUAGUUCCCACGCUGGCAGCAGCCGAUGGCCUCACUAAGGCACAGUCGCAAGUGCAAUCUGCGGAGGCAUCGCUGCGCGCGGCGUAUUCGAAGUGUAGCCUUUUCGCAGAGUCCAUUUGCUUCUACGGCGGUGAAGAAAGUGAGGCGGAGCGCUUGGAGAAGUUAUAUGUGCGUGUUCGAUUGGGAUUUCAAUCCUUCGCCAUGUACAAACUUCUGGUGGACCUCUCCCAGUUGGCCUUCUAUUUUGGCCUGGCACCCAUCUCCAUGGCCAUCGCCGCCUUUGUGGUGCGGAAAGGCAGCUGGACCCAAGAUUCAGAGACAACAUUUUACGUCCUGAACCUGACCUUUAUCCGCAUCAUUCGUUGUUGCUUGGAAGUGGCCAAGAGUGUGGUGGAUCUGGCCAAGGCACAAGCCAUGCUCCAGCGCGUGGUUCAACUCUUAGAGGUGAUGGACGCCUUCAUCGCCUUUGAGGCGCACCGCAAGGGAAAGAGGUCCCUGAGCCGUGCUGAAGGCUUCCUGAUCGACGAGGAGGAGGUUGUCUGCUGUCUUCCAUACUAUCGCGUGCAGCAACUGCAUUGCGGCGCAGUGGUUCCCAUGAACAUCACGCCUUUCGUAGCAUUUGAGAAUGUGGACAUCUUCACUCCUGACGGUAUGAGGUUGCUGCUGAAGAAUGUCAGUCUACGGCUGGAUCCUGGGGAGAGUUGUUUGAUCAUGGGCCCCAGUGGCAUUGGCAAGUCUUCCUUGCUGAGGGUGUUGGGUCAGCUGUGGCCUCUCUUUCGGUCACCCAAAGGAGGAGAAAAGGCCACCUUCAGUCGCCCGGGACCUCUCAGCGUCUUCUUCCUGGCGCAGAGACCAUAUUUGUUCCAGGGAACUCUGAGAGAGCAGGUCGCCUAUCCCAUCUGGGACACGUCCCUACUGACGGAGCUGGAUACCGAGCUGAUGGAGCGACUCUUCACCGAUGCCAAUCUGCUGGACGUCUGGGAAGCCCGAAGGGAUGAGCUGGACACACCUGGGAUUCUGUGGGACGACGUCUUAUCCCUGGGAGAACAGCAGCGCUUGCAGUUUUGCAGGCUUUUCUGGCAUGCGGAAUGGUAUUCCAGACAUCAUGAGGACAGCGACGAUGGUUUCUUUGCAGUGCUAGAUGAGUCUUCUGCUUCAAUGGACACUUCAUCUGAACUGAAGGUGUACAAAGCUUGCCGCGAGAGAAACUUGGGCUACCUCAGCGUCGCACACCGGCCUACGGUCAUUCAAUUUCACAAUAAGAUUCUGCAUUUCACAUUCGACAAGGAUCGUGAACUCUGUUGUCGCCUGCGGGACGCGGCAGAGAUGGCGUUGGAGUCUGCGGCCCAGAUUCACAAUGAGGGGCUCCAAAAUGAGGAAUGGAGGCCGCAAAAUACCCGCAGAGCGAUGUCCAAAACAAGAAGAGGCGUUGGUGGCCUUUGCAACCAAUCAUUCUCGAGCCUCACAGGCCUGUGCAACACACCGGUGCAUGACGGGAACGACGAGGACGAUGAGUUCGAGAUGACCUCAUGGAUGUCCUCGCCCAAGACGCCCAUGUUAGCGCGCCUCGCCAAGGUGAAAUCCGCACCCGACUUGGUAACCUUCAUGAUGUCGACUAUAACAAAGGAGGAACCCAACUACGUGCCGCUGGAUACCAUCACUGAGAGCUUCCAGGAUCAGGCCAUGGAUGUCUCCAGCGCGGAAACGGGAGUGCGUUCUCCUUACUCCAAUGAUUCUGAAGAAUUUGCCAAGAACGGUGCAGCCUACAACUUGGGCAUCAUCGCCCGACUUAGUUGGACCCAGUCUUGGUUACUCGCCAUGGUGGCCCUGUUGAACCUGUUGGCAGCUGCGAUGUUGGCCUUCUGGGCUGAACUGUUCACCAACACAAAAAGUGUCAUCAAGCCCGGCACCACGGCCAGCUUCCAUGCCUUUGGACGUCAAACCAGCAUUGAUAUCUCCUUCUCACGGAUGCUGCCGGUGAUCCUCUGCUGGGGACCUGCAUUAGGUGUGGUGAAGGCCAUCGCGAAUUACUUCUCGGUGCUGCUGAUGUUGGAAUGGCGCUCAAAGCUGUUCAGCCACUUGCAGACCAGAUAUUUGAGAAGUUCAGACCGAAUUUACUACGUUCUGAGCAACCUGGAUAGCCGGGUGGAAGCCUCCGAUCAGCGGAUGACCAACGAUGUUGAUCUGCUGAUGCAGUUCAGUUUCGAAUUUUUCCUGGGUGGAAUUAUGAAACCUGACAGCGGAGUUCUAUUCAAGAUGUCGAUCUUCAUCGUGAGUUGUUGGAUCGUGUGGAUGGACGUUGAGAGAACCCUGCCGGGUAUGGGCGGUGCAGCACCCUGCACUGCCAGCGCGUUGUUCUUAGUGACCUUCUUGAUCGUUGAGCGUUUCGGUCGCAAGUGCGCGGAAGUUCAACAUCAGUUGCAGUUGUGUGAGGCCUCCUUCCGCUCCGCGCAUGCGCGGUGUCGUUCCUUUGCUGAGGGCAUCAGUUUCUAUGGUGGUGAAGCCACAGAGAAAGUGAUGUUGGACCAACACUUCACCCCGAUCCUGACAACUUUUAAGACCUUUUCCUGGUGGAAGCUACCUGUGGAGGCCAUGUUGGUGGGUGGUUCCGUGGCCUUCAAAGAAGACGAUAAGGCUCGAAGAGUUGGAAUCUUCGAUCUGACCAACAGCGCCAUGGUGGAAUGUCUUGAUUCCUUGAACCGCAUCACUUGCCAGGUCAUGGACUUUGCGAAAUCCGGGGCCCUGGCCAAACGUGUUGUGGAGUUGGAGGAGGUGAUGAAAGCGUUCCACGCGCUCUUCAACGUGACAUCUCCGGGCCUGUCGAGGUCAAGCAUCAACCUCCUGAAGAAGGACCUCGACGUGAACUUGUCAUGUGGAGCAGAUGUGAUGUGUGGUAAAGAUCCGGAGGAUGCUGUCAUUGAGGUGCAGGGAUCUGGCUGCUGUGAGCCAGAAACCUUACAGCUGAAAUGCGGACCUCAGGUGCCAGUUGGCGAGUCAAGGGGCAUUAUUUUCCAGAAUGUGGACAUCUACACUCCAGAUGGUUCGCGAUUGCUUCUUCCAGAUGUUAAUCUCAGUUUGGACGUGGGAGAGAGCUGCCUCAUUAUGGGCCCAAGUGGCAUUGGCAAAUCCUCCCUGCUGCGGGUCUUGGGACAGCUGUGGCCCUGCUUUCAAACGCCCGGCAAGGUUUCGGCACGCUUUAGCAGGCCUGCGGGACGAAACCUCUUCUUUCUGGCGCAAAGGCCAUAUCUCUUUGAUGGUACCCUUCGCGAACAAAUUGCAUAUCCUGUUUGGGAUGAUUCUUUGUUGAACCAGUUGAACGACACCAAUCUCAAGCGUUUGUUUGUGGAUUGUAAUUUGGAGGAGGUUUGGCAUGAUCGGCGGCACGAGUUAGAUACCCCCGGCAUCCCUUGGGCAGACGUCCUCAGCUUGGGAGAGCAGCAACGAAUUCAAUUUUGCAGGCUUUUCUGGCAUGCCGAAUGGCAGCAGCAGCGUGAGAAUCAAAUGACGAACACCAGCUUUUUCUCAAUUCUGGAUGAAUCGACUGCAUCCAUGGACACUGCUUCUGAGAUGAAAGUAUAUCAGACUCUGAAGCAAAAGAAAAUUGGAUUUCUUAGCGUGGCGCACCCGCCCACGGUGAUUCAAUAUCACACAAAGGUGAUGCAUUUUCAAUUCAAUUUGAAGAAGGAGUUGAUGUAUGAGGUCAAGGAUGCCAAAUCUAUGGCAGAGGAGCAUGCUUCGCUUUUGACGAAGCACCUGAAGCCGAUGCGGAGCAGGUCAAAAGACCGAAGACGCCCGUCAACCAGCUCGGCUGAACUCAGGAUUGACGCUAUCGCGCCCAAGAUGCCACGUGGGCCCAGCGGUUCUUCUGAUAAGAAAAAAGAGACCACCCCGUUGUGACCGUUGUGACCGUUGCGACCCUGCCACCAGCGGGGAAUGAGCAG